AUGGUACACAGGCAGCGGCCUGGUGUCGACAGUGGGGGUCAGGAAGACUCUGAAAGGCGUAAAGUUGUGGAGGCCCUCAGCUUACGGAGCCUUGAGGGGGCCAAGAACCACCUGUGGCGGGCGCACAGCGUCUUCGUCUCCGCCCUCUUCUCCCUCUGUCGCGGGGAGCCGCCUUACAUCCCAGUGGGUCAGCGGGGAGAGGAUGCCUGUCCCCGAGGGAGCGCAGAGAGCCAGCGCGUCUGCGUCAGAGAGUCUCGGGCCGCUGAGGAGCACGCGGCGACGGAGGGGACCGAAGGGGUCCUGGGGUCGCGGCGCAGGGCGGGAGGCGGCGGGAGCGCCACCUACUUCUUUCGGCUGUGCUCCGGGGAGCUGGAGCCGCUGCUGGUGGCGGCCGGAGAUGGCGGGCGGGCCUACCUGAGGUUCCAGGACGGAGGGGCUUUGGGCCGCCCGAGGGAAACUGAAGAAGCCCUCGGCGGCGCCGGAAGCAGCGGGAGAGGCGGAGCCGCAGGGGAGGGCGCUGGGCCAUGGCGGAGAGGCGGGCGUGCUCCGCAUCCUCGCUGCAACCAUCCUGCUCUCGCCCCGCAAGUGAAGGGGGCGGAGGACGGCCAGGGCUGUGCAGUGGCCUGGGCUACGCUUGGCUGGGCCGCAGCCGAAGGCUUCGGGGGCGGCGGCUGCUACCGGGGCAAGUGCACUCUUGCGGAGUUAGCUCCCAGGAUGAAGCUGCAAGGCCCUGAGCUCCAGCUGAGCGAGUUUCGAACCUCUACCAUCAGAACAGCCUUCAACCCCUACUACUGCCAGGGGGUGGCAAGGGAGGUAAAGAAGGCACUAGACCCUCUAGGGGGUCCCAGCCACCCACUAUGUUCCAACCUGGGCCAUGGUGCCUUUGGAGGAGUUUAUGAGGGACUGGUAACUGGCCUUCCCGGGGAUCCCAGGCCCCUGCAGGUGGCUAUCAAGCCCUUUUCCUCCCCACACCCUGCCAGAACUUGCUCUUGUCAGGAGGAGCUGGAUUUCCACAUGGAGGCCCUCAAAAUCAACAAGUUCAGCCAUCAGAACAUUGUACACUGUGUGGGGCUCAGCUUCUGGACUGCCUCUAGCCUAAUUCUGCCGGAUUUGAGGUCUGGAGGGGACAUGAACACUUUCCUAAGGAACAACUGGCCACAUUUGGGCCAGCCAUCACCUCUGGCCAUGAGGGACCUGCUCCAGCUGGCUCAGGACAUAGCCCAGGGCUGCCACUACCUGGAGGAAAAUCACUUCAUCCACAGGGACAUCACUGCCAGGAACUGCCUCCUGAGCUGCACUGGGUUCAGCCCAGUGGUCAAUACUGGGGACUUCAGGAUGGCGAGAAUAUCUGCAGCCAGUUAUUACUACAGAGGGGGCUGGACUCAGCUGCCAGUCAAGUGAAUGCCCACAGAAGGCUUCCUGGAAGGCAUCUUCACAUCCAAGACAGAUACCUGGUCUUUUGGUGUCCUGCUCUGGGAAAUCUUCUCAUUAGGUUACGUGCCCAACCCUGGGUGCACCAACCAGGAUGUGCUGUACUUUCUCAUUGGAGGGGGAUGGAUGGGCCCUCCUAGAGGCUGUGCAGGGCCUGUGUACUGUAUCAUGACCCAGUGUUGGCAGCACCAGCCUGAAUUCUGCCCCCAUUGUGCCAGCAUCUUGGAGCAUCUUCAGUACUGCAUUCAGGGCCCUGAUGUGCUGAAUUCAUUCCUGCCAAUGGAGCCACAGCUCACUCUAGAGGAGGAAAAGGAUUCUGGGCUGGGGAGCAGGUCUUUGGAGGGGCUGAGAUCCCCACAGGCCCAGGAACUGAGUCUGGUGCUUAAGAGAUGGGAAGGGAACUUCCUUGGCCCCUGGCUACCCUCUAGCUCCAGGGACCUCCAACCUCAGAACAUUUGGAAUCCCGCCCUAUGCCUCUUGGGCCCCAAGGGGCCCUGA